GGGGUGAGCAGUACUAAGGGACUGAGUUCAUACUAUACUACUGAGACAUCGACAGUUUAGCACACCGCUACAGCGAAACGCCAAACUGGGCUCCUGUUAGUGAUGCGGCAUUGAGGCACACUUUUAAUUUAACUCCGUUGGGGGACGAAAUAAUAGUACUAUCCCACGUUAUGUAUUUUGGGUUAUACGUAGCCGAACCUGAAAACUCAACCAAACAAGUACUAAAAUCAUAUAGGCUCAAGGGUUAAGUUUGUAGUCAACUUAAAUUGUUAUUUUGCGCCCUUGGAACGAAGUUUAGGCGCACGUAUACAGCUUCAACUCACAGAUGCAAUGAUGAUGUUUUUUUCAGAGCACUAUUCAUUUUGAAGUAUGAGGUAGGACGAUCUUGAAAGCACGCGUAGGAUAGGCUACUUCAUGUAAAUCAAGGGACUUCGACCAACUGCGUUUCUCCUUCAGUGGGAUUCAACCAGAGUUAACCCAAGAUAUCUCCGAAGGAAUAACCUCGUUUCUUUCUAACAAAGUUAAUCGGUGUUAAUAUGUUUUUGUAAUAUACGAACGUGGAUUAGCUAUUUUUUAGAACAUGGAUAAUUUUCUGUAGUGGAUACCUUUUUUAAUUUACAUUUUACUUGCUUCCGAAGAGGAUCUUUUCCGUCCCCUUUUACCCAGUUCAGUCUAACUCAUGGCACUUCUUUUAAAGCAGUGAUGUCGCUACGUGACGGGAAUUGCUAUUGAUUUUCAUAUUUUGUUUCUAGGGAGAAAAGAAUUGCAGUUUAGAAGAUAAGCUUCCCACCCACUUUGAUUAUGGACUUGGCAAGUUGGGCACAUGUGUUGGUGGUCUUGCUCACCUGCCUGGUCUUGCCGUCCUGGGCCCAGGAGAAGGACUACACAGUGAGAGAAGAGCAACCAGAGAAUGUCCGCAUUGGUAACCUCCGCCGGGACCUGGACCUGGCCCUCGACCCAGACAUCAAGCUAUCCUCACCACUGCAGUUCAAGCCAGUCUACAAGACGGGUGAUGUGCCUUUGGUGAGGGUGGAGGCCAACACCGGCGAGAUCUUCACCACCUCCCAUCGCAUCGACCGUGAAAAGCUCUGCUCUGGAGUAUUCAACGAAAAACGCUGCUACUAUGAGAUUGAGGUGGCCAUCCUGCCUGAUGAGAUCUUCCAACUGGUCAAAAUCCGGUUCCUCAUUGAGGACAUCAAUGACAACGCACCGCUAUUCCAAUCCACGGUCAUAAAUAUAUCCAUCCCAGAGAACACAGCCAUAAACACCCGCUACCCAGUGCCAUCAGCCUUUGAUCCCGAUGUGGGCAUUAAUGGGAUUCAGCACUACGAACUGGUCAAGAGUGUCAGUGAGUUUGGCCUUGACAUCAUUGAGACCCCGGAGGGCGACAAGUGGCCCCAGCUCAUUGUCCAGCAAAGCCUGGACCGGGAGCAGAAGGACACCUUUGUCAUGAAGAUCAAGGUGGAGGACGGAGGCACUCCACCCAAAUCCAGCACUGCAAUCCUCCAGGUGACCAUCUCCGAUGUUAACGAUAAUCGCCCGGUCUUCAAGGACAGCGAGGUGGAGGUGACCGUCCCGGAGAAUGCACCAAUGGGGACGUCGGUGACCCAACUCCAUGCCACAGAUGCCGACCUGGGCUCCAAUGCACAGAUCCACUUCGCCUUUAGCAACCAGAUCGCCGCCUCCACCAAACGUCACUUUGCCAUCGACAGCUCCACGGGACUCAUCACCGUCAAACAGCCGUUGGACCGAGAGAUGACCCCAGUCCACAAGCUGAUUGUGCUGGCCAGUGACGGGAGCUCCACCCCCUCCAGAGCCACAGUGAUCGUUAACGUGACGGACGUUAACGACAAUGUUCCCUCCAUAGACACCCGCUACAUAAUGAACCUAGUUAAUGGGACUGUUCUGCUGUCCGAGAAUGCUCCUCUUAACACAAAAAUAGCCCUAAUUAGAGUCACAGACAAAGACGCUGAUCUGAAUGGUAAAGUGACUUGUUACACUGACCAUGACGUUCCCUUUCGGUUGAGGCCCGUCUUUAAUGACCAAUUCUUACUGGAAACUGCUGCCACACUUGACUAUGAAACAACCAGGGAAUAUGCAAUUAAGAUAGUGGCCUCCGAUUCAGGGAAGCCUCCCUUGAACACAUCAGCGAUGGUUUUAAUUAAAAUCAAGGAUGAAAAUGACAACGCACCCAUCUUCCCCCAACCUGAGAUACAGCUCUCCAUACCAGAGAACAACGACCCCUCCACGCAGUUGAUCAAAAUCAGCGCUACGGACGCCGACAGCGGACAUAAUGCCGAGAUUAUUUAUACUCUCGGCCCUGACUCGCCUGACGGGUUUAACGUGGACAGACGAUCGGGAGUCCUCUCUGUUGGAAAGCGUCUGGACAGGGAGAAGCAGGAGAAGUAUUCAUUCACUGUCAUUGCCAGGGACAACGGCUCCACGUCGCUGCAGAACAAUGUCACAGUAAGGUUAAUCGUCCAGGACCUUAACGACAACAGCCCUGCGUUCACGCACCCCGAGUACAACUUCUACGUGCCUGAGAACCUGCCUCUCUAUGGGACCGUGGGCCUGAUCACGGUGACAGACUCGGACGCCGGUGACAACGCGGUCAUCACCCUCUCGAUUUUGAAUGGCAAAGAUCAUUUCAUUAUCGACCCCCAGACUGGCGUGAUCAAACCCAACAUCACGUUCGAUAGGGAGCAGCAGAGCUCGUACACGUUCACGGUGAAGGCAGUAGAUGGGGGUCAGCCACCUAGCACCUCAUAUGCAAAGGUCACCAUUAACGUCGUCGAUGUCAACGACAAUCGGCCUGUGUUUGUCAUACCCUCCUCCAACUAUUCCUAUGAUUUGGUUCAGUCUACCACCAGUCCUGGGUCUGUGGUCACAAGGGUUUUUGCCAUUGAUAAUGAUACAGGGAUGAAUGCUGAGCUGCAAUACAGCAUCAUCGGGGGCUCCCCGAGAGGGCUUUUUGCCGUAGACAAAACCUCUGGUAACAUAACACUGCAGGAGAAGAUAAUUGCAGCAGAUCAAGGUCUGCACAGGCUGGUAGUCAAGGUCAAAGAUCUAGGCCAGCCAGAGUCAUUACACGCCAUUGCACUCAUUCACCUGUUUGUAAAUGAGACUGUGUCUAACGCUACAUUCAUCCAGGAACAACUACGGAAGAGCAUGGAGACGCCCUUGGACCGCAAUGUGGGCGACAAUGAGGUGACACCCCAAACCAACGGAUAUGUCAUUGUUGUUAUAGCUAUCAUAGCAGGGACAAUGACUGUGGUGCUGGUCAUUUUUGUGACGGCCUUGGUGCGCUGUCGCCAGACACCCCGCCACAAGGUGGUCCAGAAGGGCAAGCAGAGCGGUGAAUGGGUGUCGCCCAACCAGGAGAACCGGCAGAUCAAGAAGAAGAAGAAGAAAAAGAAGAGGUCCCCCAAGAGCCUCCUGUUGAACUUUGUAACCAUCGAAGAAUCCAAGCCUGACGACCCAACCCACGAGCACAUUAACGGUACCUUAGACCUCCCGGUGGAACUGGAGGAGCAGACGAUGGGAAAGUACAACUGGGCCACCACGCCGACCACCUUCAAACCUGACAGUCCGGACUUGGCCAAGCAUUACAAGUCUGCCUCUCCCCAACCCACCUUUCAAAUCAAACCAGAAACCCCUGUAGCUCCCAAGAAGCACCAUGUCAUCCAGGAGCUCCCCCUGGACAAUACGUUUGUGGUGGGCUGCGACUCACUGUCCAAGUGUUCUUCAACCAGCUCCGACCCUUACAGUGUUUCAGAGUGCAGCUGUCAAGGGGGAUUCAAGACCGUGGGCCAAAUCAGCACCCGACAGAAUCAGAGCCAGACGCCAGAGAAGUCCUUCAGCAUCCAACCCAUCUGUCCUCAUAAGGAGGCCUGUCCACUCGGCAAGAUAUCUUCUACAAAUACCCAGCGUCGCGUGACCUUUCACCUUCCAGAUGGCUCCCAAGAGAGCUGUAGUGACAGCGGCCUGGGGGACCAAGAGCCCAGCAGCACUGCCAGCACCACUCAGCCUCUGCCCCUCAGCUUCGCCCAGGAGGAGUACUACGAACAGACCUCACCCAACAGCCGUACUGAGGGAGAUGGCAACUCCGACCCAGAAUCCACCAUUGAAGUGAACCUGCAGAAAGCCUUGGCAGAAGCCUCAGAGACCUGCACCCAGGAAUGUCUGAUCCUUGGCCACUCCGACAGCUGCUGGAUGCCCCCAGCCCUGACCCAGUUCCAGACGUCCACCACCACCAUCACCCUGCCUUCCUUCGGCUUCCAGCAGAGCUGGGCUCGAGGAGGCAAGAUGGACGGGCGUCACACCUUAGGCCGGUCAGUACCCAAGGACGAUCUGGACAAAGGAAUCAACCGUCCGCAGUUCUACAACACGUUGGAGAGACACUGCACCAGCAAGAAAGCGGAGCCAGUCAAGGUCAUACCUCUGGCCAGCUUCACUUCACCUGGACAGCAGACUUCUCCUUCCUCCACUGGGGGCAGCGCCUCCUUCAUGCACGAGCACCAGUUGUAAGGUCAGCAGUGACGUCAACUCCACCAUGUAAACUGUAAGGCUCUACACAUCCGCAGUGACAUGUCUCAGAUAUUCUGAUUAGUGUGUGUGUUUGUGUUUGAGAAACAAAUAUGGACAAAACAUUUACUUGCUCUGUGUUGCAUAAGAAGAGAGCUUGAUGCUGGUUGUUAAAAAAUAUAUAGUGCAAAAAAACAUGGAAUAAAUAUAAAAGACAAACCAUUGAAAGGAAAAUCUAAAUAUGAAAUCCAAUGUAUGUACAUUGUAUAAAUGGUAGUUCUAUACCAAAGUAGUGUCUUUGCAGAAAAGAUGAGAAAACGUAAUAUCUCCCAGUUUGAUAGUUCACAGAUCCAGUAAAAGGAUGUUUUGCAUCAUGUGUAUUGGAAUUGGCUUGGAAGACAUAUUGUCAAACAAUUGACUAUGUCCAGAUUAUCAAAUGCAAAUGCAGUGUUUUCUUGUUGAGUGAGCUGGAGCUGGCUUCAUGUUAUUUGUGAACACCAGGUGAAUGGUGCAUCUAUCCACAUUUCUGGUGACAUAUUGCUUAGCAUAUUCAGUAAGACAAGUGACUCAAAUUCUUCUGGUGAUCCAACAUAUGCAGGCUACUUCUCCUGUCUUGUGUGAAUGGGUCUGCCUGUCAGUGGGACUGCAGAUGGCCCAAAAUUGCUGAACUAGGCCAACAGUAAAAAUUCACUACAACAAUAUAGGCUAGAAUUCAAACAAACCUGCCAUAGCGAUGUUUACUUAUUUAUUUACGUGCUGAAGUGGAGGUGCAUAACUGUCAAUGGAAGCCAAUAGUGGUACAGUGACAUUUCAUCUUAAAUUCUCAUACAGUUUUUUUAAUUGGUCUUGGGAAUAAAUAAAAAACUAACCAAUGUUACCGCAUGAAUACUGCAACAUAACUUUCAUAAGCCAUAGUCGUACAUAAAAAUAAUGUUUUGUGUGUGGAUCUUGAACACCCUCUAUCCCAGCCCCACUGCCACUUCUGUGGGAUGAGACGUGUUCCUCAGAUGUUUGGCGUACGGUUGUUGCUACUCCUCUGACACUCCCACAUCCCUACUAUGUUAAGAACCUGCUCAUUUUCAACAUUAUCUCAUUAGGCAGCCUUGAAAACCAUAGACAGAUGUGCAGCAGAGCAAGCUUGAGUUUUUUUUCUUUUUUGGUUUUCAACAGUCUCUCUCUCUCUCUCUCUCUCUCUCUCACUGUACUAUACAAUUUAUGCAUCAUAACAAAUGCUAUAAAGCCAAUUAUGAAAAUCUCCCAGCAGUCUAAUUACCUUGAUGUGUAAUCUCCAUAGUUCUCAUAGUUUUGGUUGACGACUAUGAACACCCGUCUACCAUUACGCAAAUGAAAGGCUACAGAAGCUGCCUUAGAAAUAACACUUUAUUUGUUUUCCUUUGAGAAGCUACAGCUCAUAUCACCAGCUAGUGCUAAAGCUAACAAGCAUUCUCAGAUUCAUCUUAUAUCAUACUUAAGGUGUUGACUUAUUGCUUUCGCUAAAUACUAGUGUGUGUAUAAUCGAUGUACAGUUGCUACAAUUGCAAUUCUAUGGCAAUCCAUACCAAAUGUUUUCCUUCAAUGUCCAAUUAAAGUAUAGAAUAUAGAUUUGUUGCGGAUUCAUUUUGACUGUCAUAGGAAAUAAAAAUACAAAAAUGAGUUUGAUUAUCUGUAACAUCCCAAAAGAAGGCAAAAUAUGAAACAUACACGCUCAGGUCAAAGUUCCGUCAACCUAAAAAGGAGCACUAACAUAUUCCCAUAUAUAACAGUAUGCAAAUGUCAAGGUUAUGGCAAUUGUGAAUUUAAUGAAUCCUCAAAUUAAAUGGUGGUCAUAUCCCUGAUCUUGAAAUCUAUUUUAAAUUCAUUCACCAAAUCUUUCUUCAUUUUUGUAGUUUUCUUUUACAUUUAGUCUUUCUGUGGCUUGUGGAUUAAACCUGUUUCACCAUCUGGUAUUUGAAGACACGACACAUCUAAUCAAGGCGAACAAAUAUAAAGAUGGAGACUUUGUCAAAAUAAAAUGAUAUUAUGCAAAUCCACCACAAGGCACUUUUCCCAUUUAUAAACUGGCAGGGCGAUCAUGCACACCUGUCUUUGGUAAAGUGUGAGGGAAGCAUCUCAAUGUUGUUUGAAAAACUAUUGCUUUGAGUUAUGUUUUUAAAACACUAAACACUUUAACGCCCAUAGCAAAUGACACAAAACACAAUACAGCAGAAAAGAGGGCGGCAGCAAAGACAUUCUAAUUGAUAUUAGACAAAAAUUAAUUAAAAUAUAAAAAUAAUAUCUUUAAAUAAUUUAAGCAUCAAUCAUGUUACGUUGUACUGAUAUAGUAUUUAUAAGUACUGUGAUUACUGAUAAUUGUACUUGGAUAAACACAAAUCAAUUACUUAAAAUGAACUUUUGCUUGGAUAGAUAUUUUAAGAGGAAAAAACAAGUGUAUCUAACAAUUAAGACAUACUGUCACCAUACACUAACUGACUUUAUCUAAACACACAAUAUACCAUGUCAAUUUAAUGUCAUUUAAAAUAAUAACUUCAUUCUUUUUUUAAGCAACAUUCAGAUGUUUUCAAUAGUAGACAAUUGCAUGAAUGUAGAAACUUGGAAAGGAGAUUAUCUUGGAUGUUUUCAUAAUAGAUAGCUUGAUUAUGUUACUUGGAAUCCACGUGUAUCUCUUCAUCCAUGAUCUUUUCGAGUAAGAGAUAUCAGGCAUUUCUUGAAAACAUCAUGAAAUAUAAAGAUGUAUUGAUCUUGUAGAGAGGGACACUGCUUUAAUGCAGUUUCACUUUGUGCCAAAGGUUUCCCUUUUGAACCAAAAAGGAAGGGAGUGAGACCAAACAUUCUGAGUAAUGAGUUGCUUCGUAGAAGUAUCUACGCAGUAUAUGCAUGAUAAUGGUAAUUUACCCAAUUUUGUACCUUUUUAGAACCCAGCACCAUGACCAUAGUGAUACUGUAGGAAAAAUGUUGAUUGGAUAUUACUUUUCUAUUGACCUAUGUUAUCUACGGAAAGCAAUGUUAGUUUGUUGAUUCAUACACUUUUUUUUUCAUUGGAAUCAUCCUACAUUACCAUUUGCAUGCAUCAGUGCUUUUCUUUGAUUCUUACAAGUGUUUAGUAUCAGGUGGUUUGUGUGUAGUAAAGAAAACAUACCCCUUCUGAGGCAAAGAUUUGUGAAAGUCACACACAAAUGAAUCUGCUUCAACCUUACAAUGAGUUGGAUGUAUAAACACACAAAGGGAGAACUGCAUCAACUUGGUAAACAAAUGUAUAUAGCUGUAUCCAAUAAAACAAGAUGGCAAAAUAAAAAGGAUAAACACAUUCUUGUGAAAUCCUAUAAUCACCUGAAUUCUGUUUGCAUUGAUAAAGGCAAACACAAGUGAAAACAUUUCUAACAAUGAGACGACAAUCUCUGUUGUAAUGUAAAUGGAUACAAUACAGUAUGCAUAUAUUGGGGAGUAUCUGAUUGUGAGAGUGUGUGCGCGCAUUGUGUGUGCAUGUAUGUAUACUGGCAUGGACUUUGCCAGAACAUUGUAUGUACACACAUGUAUCUUGUAUAUAAUCUAUAGGAAAUACCUGCUAUAUAAUAUAUAUGCUUGUAAAGUCAUCAGUGAGUAUAGGUCAAGGUUGCUUUGAGAGAAAGCUUAUAUGCUUGCCAGCAGUACAAUAUUGAUCAAUGAAGCUACAGUAUGUGUUGUCAUGCCUUUGUAAAA